CCUUAAAAAGGCAAGAAUUCUGUCAUUGUACAAUUGUGACAUUUUACCGUAUAAAUUAUGAAAAAUUUGUAGUGUUAAUUACCUUUAGUAAUAUCGUAACACUAUGUUAAAACAAGAAAACAUAUACGACGGUCUGAAGUCUAAUGCCGAAAGAAAGAAAAGAAGAAAGCGGAAAUCACUUUGUAAGCAAGACGUGCUCUCAAACGAUUCUCAAUCAAAACUUUUUGCAAUCAGAUGUCCAGCGAAGCUAGCAUCUUUUGAUCAAGCGAACCAAUACGUUGAUAACGAUGUCGUUAAUUCCGAUAUGAGUAAACUAAAGAAAUUCUCCAAGUGUCUCCAAAGCUUAAAGGAAAAGAAACACGAAAAAUGCGAACAAGGAACGUCUUCGUCAGAAGACAAAUCUACAACCAGAAGAAUUAGAAGGUUUUCCUUAAGACCUCUUACGUAUUUGUUACAACGCUUUAAAAGGAGGUCAAAUAAUAUAGCGGAAGGGUCGGAAAUAGUCGGCGAAAUAAGUAAAACUGCCCCGUCGCAUCAAGCAGGCAAAAAUAGUUUAACGAUGGCAAUUCGUCUACCACCUGGUACAAACUUAUCUGAAAGUUCGCAGCUUAAGGUCGAGUUUCAACUAGAAGAGGAAAAUCAGUCCUCAUUUAAUGCAACGUCUGUUGACGAAGUAUGCUUGAACUGUGUUGAAACGUCUGCUUCUACGUCGAUUUUUGAAGGAAAUCUUCAAGUGCCAUCAAACACCUGCAUUCGCGAUGUUGCUCAAAUGCCACUUUAUAUCCUUAAUUCAGGAGAAAAAUUGAAAAGAAAUUCAGAGAUAGAUCUCACCCAUUCUCCAAUUAUAAUCAAGCCUGCUGUUAUAUCAGAGGCGAAACUGCAGGAUGACAUUUCUCCUUUAAGCAGAAUAAAACUGAAGGUGUUUUUAUUUAAAAUUGGCCAAUCUGCUUCCUUCCUGCCAAAAUUGGUUACCCGUAAACUAUGUUCAAGCUCUGAAGUAAUAAAAUGUUCCAUUAUAAAUACCCUCUUACCCCAAACAUUACAAGCCUGUAUUGAGAAAAACGAAAAUAAGAAAAUAGAUGUCCUCUUCAAAAUUUUGGACAAAAGAGAUUCUGUUGAAGAGGACAAUACCACUGAUUGGCUAAACGGAAACUUAAAUACUCAUAGUCUUGAGAAAGAGAACAGGAAGUUGUCUAAAAAUCGACAUAAUUCCCUUUCCGAAGCGUCGGAAGAAUUUUCGACGUCAUCCUCAUUACCUUUCUUGUUUACUAACGACAACAAACAACCUCUGAAUAGAGGCAAGAGCCUGAAUUCUGUGGAGUCGGUCUGGCCUCAAAGCACUUCGUCUAAUGCUAGCGCCGUCACAGAGAACUCGAUAAGCUCGAACGAAAUUGCCGACAAAGUCCCUUUCAACACUCCCAUUUCGUAUCGAAUUAGCAAUAGCGAUAGUACCACAAAUACAGCGACUUGUGAAAGAGAUUCGUAUACCGGCAAUGCUCAAAUAGACACGAACACGCGAAGCACCGAAUCCAACGAGUCCAACGCAAGCUUCGAAGGAGCAAAAUGUGAAGGUAAUGGUGGAAAGCAGUGCGAUUUUUUAUCGGAUGGCAUGAAACGAUACGUAGAAAGAGAUAAGGUUCACACUUCGUCGUUUUCAUCGACCCAAAAUCGUGGAAGUGAAUUCAAAGAUCAUAAUUAUGACGAUACUUUGACUUUACUAGAAAAUGCUAAAUCUAAACUUAUGAAGUACUUGGAAAGCAGCAGUUCCGAUUUGCUCCACGAAGGUCAAAACAGAUUCGCUUGUUCAAGGAACUUUAACAACACGGUAAAAUGCUACUUUGCAACGUCAAUCUCGAAAGACUCAAAUGUCAAUGUCACUAAUGAACAUCAAAAAGAUUGUUUCCAAUUCGCCUCAACCCCCAAAACGUGCAAGGAAACAAUAAUAGGUGAUAUAUUCACACAUAAAGGAAAUACUAAUGAAAAUAACUAUAGCACGCCCAAAUCUGGUGGCGCUAUUACCGCAGAAAAGGGUGAACUGAAUGCAAUAUCUGCUUGGGUAGAAAGGAUUAACCAACUCGUUGAUGUAAUAAAAGAAGAUAUGCAACAGGCAAAGCGGUUUCAGAAUGUUCAGGAUCAACUAGUAAAGAGUUUUGUUGAUAAGAGCGAGGCACUUUUAGCAACAACUGAUCGACUGCUGUCCGAGUUUGCAGAAAAUGAAACUAGUAGCAUAGAAAAUGCGCCUUUUCAUCAAAAAGAAUUACAAGACACCAUCGAAGGAAGUGAAAUGUUAGAGGACGAAAUGGAUAUGGACUUCUUAGAUUAUAUUCGUAAAAACAAUGUAGAAUUAAACAAUAAAUCUUCAACAACAACUAUUAGAAGAAACAGUGGAUCUAAUCUCUACGCAGAAUAUUUGAAAAGUACCAACAAUCCUUUCGUUGAAGAGAAUGAGUUAUUCUCAGAAGUAGGCACUAUACCAGAAGAUGGGGAAUCCCAAAUUAGUGCGAUAAUUGAUGCCUCAAAUGCAACAAAACAAGAAAAGACCAAAAUUGGUGAGGAAAAUUCUGAUUUCGCUGAAGCAAGCGAUAAAGUAAGAGAGAAACAGGUAUUGGAUAAAAUUAGUAUGGAAAAUGAGAAGAACAAGAAUGAAGCUACUACAGGUACAGAAAAUAAAAGCACGUUGUUGGAGUCAGUUAAUAAUUCCGAUUUGAAAAGCAGCGAUAAAUUUCAUGAAAACGCAAGUGAAUUUAUUUGCGAGAAGCAAUUGGUAAACGUCAAAAACAUAGAAGAAAAGUGUUCUCAGUUAGCUGAUUUUAAAUGUCCAACUGUUAAAGGAAACAGUCAAGUAGACUCUACAAUAACAAUUCAAAAUAUAAUAGUAAACAACACUAAUGAUGUACAGAUAUUGAGGGCCGAUUCCAGCGUCACAGAUAAAAAAGCCUUAUGUGAUGACAGUGGAGGUGAAGACAAAAGAAUUACGCUCAGGGAUCGUACCACAUCAAAUUUUAAAACUUUAAGAUUUGCCGAUGAACAAGUAAACAUGAAAUUUAAAAGAUUACAUAAAGGCAACGACGACACGAUUAAUAUAAUAAUAGAAAACGAAAAACCAAAAGAAGAUGAAAUUAAGCCCAAUUCUGUUGAGAUACGCAAAACAUAUUCCAUAGUUCAAAAAGAUAUUCAAAAGAUAAUCAAAGAAUUAUUGAAGAGCUCACAAGAAAUUAAAAAUGAAAUCAUAUUCAACGGAGUAACGGAAGAAGAACCAUCGUUCACAUUUAAAUAUCUAGAUAAGAAACAAAGUAAUUCAACAAAUCCAAAGGUAAAGUCCGGAAAAACGUGUAUUGAAAACGAAAUGAAAGAAAUUGCCUACAUGAUAGUUGACAUAGCACUUGAUAGAGCAUUUAAAAACACUGGCGAUAUCGAAAGCACAAGUUUUCCACCGGAAGUAAACAUCGGCGAUCAGCAAAAAGAAAACUUUAACUCGGCGUUCAAAAUCUGUUUAGACGAACUUGUAAAAAGCCGUCCUCGUGGCAGCCGAAAUCAUUUAAAUACAGACAAUAAAUUAGCAUCUACAUCCCAUCACAAACAUGAAAAUACUUCAAAAACCGUCUUCUUUUGUGGCCCUAAAGGUUUGCUUCCCAAAAUACCGAAAACGUCUUACAUUUUUGGAAAGAAGACUCGCUUUGAAGAUUCCAUAGUAACAAAAAUGACAUGUGUUGCUUCUUGUUCAAUGGAUCAGAAGUUGAAAAAGAAAACGAUUCUUGGAGAAAAGUGUAAAACAAUUGCCUUAAAAGAUACCAACAACGAAGACGACGAAAAUUUGGUAAAUGCAUCAUGCUCUGACAAGGAAAUGAACUGUGAUAGUACAAACUCUGCGACUGUAUCAGAAGUAAUAGCAGAUGAAUCUCCAGAUUGCAACACUGUAGUCAAUAACGAAGACGAUGGUUUUCUUUACAAAAAUCCACCAAAUCAGUGUAGUGACGAUAAAGAAAAAGAUGAACCUAAACCAAACGAAUCUUCCUCUAGUUAUAGCGAAAAUGAUAAGCAGAAAACAGGAAAUGACAAAGAAGAAUCUAACGAAGUCCCUCCCGCCAUAAAAGAGUCCCCCAAAUUUCAAAUUGUUAACAAAACUAACAUUACCCAAAGAAAACUAGAAGAUCAAAAACAAUCCAUCGUGAAUACUGAUGAAGAAGAACAAGUUUUAGCUAUUGAAGGCCAAUCUUCGCCUGAAGACGUUCGUUUAAACAGAUUUGCUCUGUGCACAGAUAAUCAAUCUAAUUUUAACGCCGAAGUAAUAGCUGUAAGUGAAACAAGUAAUGUUUCAAUUAAAGGUAAACGGAUUGUGCCCCCUUCUUCGCUUACUAAAAUCGGAAACGUUACCAUAGUUUCCAAAGUAACUCCUUUAGGAGAACGUGGCGCAAGUAGAGAAUCUAGUGCGUCUGUCGAACAAAAGACUGAUCGUCUGGUAACUUUAGAAGAGAAUGAUAGUUCAAAUUUAAGGAAAAUCGGAGCGGCAACCAAUAUCAUCCAGUCAGGUCAAAAAGACAACGAACAUCCCACGUACGAAAAUACUGACGAGAUCAACUCGUCCAUCAUUAUUGAUCCCAACUGCGAGCCAUCUUCAAAAGUAAUAAAAUACGACAUUGGAAAAGGAAUUGUUCAUCAAAAUAAAAACUGCAAAGAAGAAGAUGACGACGAGGAAGUCGAUAGAAUAAAGCCACAAUCUUCUUUAACGGCCACUUCUGAAGGUUCUGAUAAAUUAAUUGUACUGAAAGCGAGUGAAAUAUAUGACUACGAAAGUUCUACUCCUAAUAUAGCGGAAGUGGUAAGACGUGAGAAUGAAGAAAAAAACGAAACAAAUCAAGAAAGUAUAAAAUCCACAAACGAAGCAAACGUGACCCCGAAUAUUCUACUCAAGGGAAAAGAAUUAACUCAGACUGGUAAAAUCAGAAACAGGACACCUUUCAAUUCGCCGACCGACAUUGAAAACUCAACCACACCGUUGGCAGAAAAUAGAAACUAUACCGUUAGAUUCGAUCAAAAUUUAAUUAGGACCGAAUCAGAAAUACUUGAGAGUGAAGAAAGUAAUGUGAGUGAUGUACAAAGCUCAAACAUUGAACAACCUGAGAGAAAAAAAGGCAAUCCGGAAAAAGAGCUUUCAGAAACGAACGAUUCUGUAAAUGUUGUUUACAUAAGUAAAAACAAAUCUAUCGAUCAAGAUGAUACUAGCAGUUAUAAUUUGAAUGUAGAUGAAAUCGCACAUGAAGAACAGGAACCAAAUAUGAUUUUACACACCCAAACGAUCGAAACCAAAAGGAAUAGUAACGAAAUCGUAAAUUCAAAUGCUGAAAAAGAAAAAGACCAAAUAUAUGAUAAGAAAUUAGAAGAAAAUAGUGUUUCAAGUGGAAGUUCUUCAACAACAAAAGAGUCUCAAGAUUCAUCUGUCGAUGUUGUCCAAGCAGAGACCAUAGCCAGCAAGAAUCUUAAAAAAGAAAAGGUGUUCCAAUCAACUUUAAACGAAAUCAAAAUAAACAAUCCGCAACCAUCAGCAACUAAAUCCGAAAAAGAUGAAAGUAUAAAUACUAUAGAUAUCAAAGAAGGAGUUAAAUCAAGAAUAAAAAGAUCCAAAACUAGCGUUAAAGAUGAUAAAUUGCCUAAUUUGAACAAUAAACGAAGAAAUUCGGACGAUAAUAAGGAAAGUGGCUACGAAGGCGAUGUCGAUGAAGCAAGUUUCUAGUGAUGCUUUUAUUUAACUAAAAAGCAGUUUCCAGGUUGACAUUUUAUGUUAUUUAAAACCAAAUACAAUAAUCGUCCAACAUAUUUACAUCUUUUCUUAAAAAAAAAAUUAAAAUAGCAAUUUUGCUUCUCCAAAUUUCUUAAUGCAGUGUGACAACCUCUUAACUGUAUAUGAAAUUGAUCAGUUUUAUAAUGAAGAUAUGCAACCAACAAUCGGCUAAAUUUAUUCUAAAGAAGUUGUAGACUGUUUGUUGUUGUUAAGC